CAGUGCUUCAUUUUCGGUGGUUCCUUUAUUCAAUUUCAUCUCGGACGAUACCAUGGCCGAUCGAUACAGCUUCUCUCUCACCACCUUCUCACCUUCCGGAAAACUUGUACAGAUUGAAUAUGCUCUGAAUGCAGUGAAUCAGGGUGUCACCAGUGUCGGCAUUAAAGCAAACAACGGUAUUGUCAUUGCUACCGAAAAGAAAUCGGCUUCCAAUUUAGUCGACGAUUCAUCUCUGGAGAAAGUCGCCAUGAUUUGCGCGAACAUUGGCAUGAUCUACUCUGGCAUGGGUCCCGAUUUCCGCGUACUAGUGAGCAAAGCACGUAAAGCAGCGCAAGCAUACAAGAGAGUAUACAUGGAAGAACCACCGACACGCAUUCUUGUUCAAGAAGUAGCAAGUGUGAUGCAAGAGUAUACACAGAGCGGUGGUGUCCGUCCCUUUGGUGUAUCUCUUUUAAUUGCAGGCUACGAUGAAGUCAAUGGUCCAUCUCUUUACCAAGUGGAUCCUUCUGGCUCUUACUGGGCGUGGAAAGCAAGUGCCAUUGGUAAAAAUAUGAUCAACGCAAAGACAUUCUUGGAAAAGCGAUACAACGAAGACAUGGAACUUGAAGAUGCAGUACAUACAGCCAUUCUGACAUUAAAGGAAGGAUUCGAGGGUCAAAUGACGGAAAACAGUUUGGAAAUUGGUAUUAUCGGUGAAAGCACGGUCGGUGUCCACGGUGGUGAGCGAAAGACGAUGCCUUUGUUCAGAAAAUUAAGCUUGAACGAAGUGCGGGAUUAUUUAGCAAACAUCGCCUAAUUGUCAUGACACGCAUUUUUUCCCUACGAUCUUUUUUCGGUCAUCUUUAUUGUACUGAUUCUUUUGAUAAACAUUUAAAACUAUAUUGUUUCCCAUC